AUGAAUAAUUUAGAAAGGGAAAAAAUUUUACUACUUUAUGGAUCAGAAUAUGGAACUUCUUACGAUUGUUGUAGAAAUAUUUUAUACGAAUUAUACACUAAUUUUGAUGUACACUUUUAUUGUUUAAAUGAUGUAAAUAUAAUGAAGUUUUAUAAUUAUGAAAACAUUAUAAUAAUUGUAAGUACGACAGGUUAUGGAUGUCCAGCACAUAAUAUGUCAAAGUUUUGGAUAAAUUUACACAAAUGUAAUAAUAUAUUUCAUGAAGAUAUAUAUUUUCAUUUAUUCGGAUUAGGGGAUAGUUCAUAUGAUAAUUAUAAUGCUGUAGCUAAAAAGUUGAAAAGAAAACUAAUUUCCAUAGGUGCUAAUAUAGUUAAUUAUAGCUUAGGAAAUUAUCAACAUAGUUCUAUGCAUUUUACUAAUUUUAAUACAUGGAAAAAUAAAGUAUAUUCAUUUUUAAAAAAAAAAUAUUAUAAUUUUGAAAUAAAUAAUAGUCUUCCUCAAAUAUACAGUAUUACAAAUUUGUCUGAAACAUCAUUAACUUAUGAAGAUAUAAAAAAAGACAAAGAAAAGGAUAAAAAUAAAAUUGAGAUAAAUUAUGACGAUUUUAAUGUUAACGAGUAUUUUACAAAAUCAUUACAUUUAAAUAAAUUUGAAGUUAUAAAAAAUGAAAGACUUACCAAUGUAACAGAUUCUCAGGAUGUUAGAUAUAUGGAGUUAGCAACAUCAAUAAAAAUUUUCAAUCUAAGUAGUUUAAUAACAGUACACCCAACAUUAAAUAAGGAUAAAACAGAAUCAAUUUUAAGCUUAUUAAAAAUUAAUUAUAAUGAAUAUAUUAUAAUUAAUCAGCCAAAUAAAAAUGCAACAUGUACAAUGAGUACUUAUAUCCCUAUUGGGAAAAAAAUAAAAAUAUUAGAUUUGUUUAUAUACUUUUUAGAUCUUAAUAAAAUAGUUACUCCUUUUUUUUUUAUAUAUCUAAGCGAAAGAUCAAAUAGCGAUAUUCAUAAAAAAAAAUUUUUACAACUUGGAAAUACAAAUGAUAUAAGUGAUUAUUUUUCUUAUGUAUAUCAAUAUAAAAGAUCAUAUUAUGAUAUAUUUUAUGAUUUUUAUAGUUAUAUUGAUAUUGAUGUUUCUUUUCUUUUAAACACUUUACCAAAUAUUAUGAAUAGAAAUUAUUCUAUAUUAAAUGACGCAAAAAAGUAUCGAUUUCUCAAAAAUUUUAAUCUUUAUAAUUUAUAUCAUUUUUACCUUAACCCUUAUUAUUCAAAUUUUUUAUAUUAUUUAAAAAUAAAUUUUAGUAAUAAUAUGAAAACCCACACAAAUUUUUUCUCCUACAUUAUGAGUAACUAUACACAAAUUAGUACAUAUAAAUACACAAAUAUUUUAAAAACCAAGAUGAAGCCUUAUCAAGUAAAUAAUGUAAUCGAGCUAUUAAUUUGUUUAUAUCAAACAGAAAUAAAUCAAAAUAAAAAACAUGUAGGGUUAUGCUCAAAUUAUUUGAUAAAUUCUAUUGAGGGUAGUCCAUUUAUUUAUGCUACUAUUGAAAAUAGCUUACUAUUUCAAAAUAAAAAUAUAUGGAACUUAAAUUAUAGAAUUGUUUAUAUUUCUACUGGUGCAGCUUUUAGUAGUUUAUUAGGAGUUAUAAGGCAAAGGUUUUAUAUAUAUAACACGAAGAAAAAGGAACAACAAAAUGAAAACCUGAUAAAUAACAAAAUUAAAAACAUUUCAGAGAAUGAUUUAUUGUUUCUUGGUUUUAGAAACAAAUCAAAUCAUUUUUAUUUUGAAAAGGAAUUGCAAAAUUAUUUAUAUUUCAUUCACAUUUUUAUAGCUUUUUCACAGCAACCAGAAGAUAAUUUUUUAUAUUAUAAUCACGACAUUUUCAAUAAUGUAGAAAAGAAUAGCCUUAUUAACAACAUAAAUGUUAAGGACAUAUUUAAUAAAAACACUUUAGAAAUGAAAGAAUUUUUGAAAAAUAAAAAAAAAGUUUAUGUAACUGAUAUAAUUUCAAUGUUACAAAAUAAUAUAUAUGAUUUGUUGAUAAAAAAAAAUACAAUUUUUUUAGUAUCUGGAAAAUCCCGUCCUUUUUCUCAAAACCUUUUUAAAUUAUUAGCUAGCAUUAUGAAAGAAAAGGAACCCAAUAAAACAAUAGAAGAAAUUAAUUUAUUUUUAAAAAAAAAAAUUGAUAAAUAUGAAAUUAUAUUUGAAUCUUGGUAUUAA